AUGAAUACAGAAGGAAAAGGUGAUCAUGAUCAACAGGCAGACGAUGCACAUGAUGGUACAGUGGUUCACCAGAGGAGGAGACAUCGCUCUUUUACCGAAAAAAGACGAAACUCUAUGAAUCUUACUCCGUUAGUUAUGCCAGGAAAUGAGUCCAGCUCAUUUGGUGGAUUUAGUUUUCCAUCACAGUUCAGCAGAAAGGAAGACAUUAAAGAAGAAAGCAAGGAGUUGUUUGAACAUUUUGUAUAUGAUGAAAUCAGUAGAGAACAUCUGCAUCUGCCUGAUGAUGUAGUGACAUCAACAUUGUCAGGGACAAGUACACCACAGGGAUAUAAAAAUCCCAAAUGGGCAAAAUAUGGCCGGGAGCUUAGAAUAAUGGCUGAUGAAUUUGCAAAGACCAAGGAACGACAGCGAAUAAAACAACGAGCUGGAGAUGUGGACAUGAAUUCAGCUACCUAUGAAAGUUUCAGUGACAUGUUAUCAGAGCUAUUCUUCAGCAAUGUGUUGUCUUCAGCUAUAACGAGGGAGAGACUUGUUGUUCUCUUCUUCUUCUGUUCAGAUAUUGUGAUACGCUCCCUGAAGGCAAAAGCUACAGACUUAUUUAAAAAGUUUAUUGAGUGGUCCACACGCUUCAUAACUAGUAAAGUUGCUGAGACGGUUGCACGUCUUGGAGGCUGGGGAUCUGUCAUGAGGACAUCUGGCCGUCUAUUUACCAAUAUUCUUAUAAUUAGUGCCUGUAUUGUUCUGGCAUUUGCUGUGGGAAAGGUGAUCUCCCGCAGAAACUCUGGAUAGAAAGAAAAGACAAUGAAACUAGUCACGCAUACGGCAGGCACUGCAUACACUGACCACCACACAGCAUCAGAAGGAUUAAAUGUUUGUUUCAAGCUGUAAACAU